AUGGCGUCCAGCGCUUUGGCGAAACCUCAGAUGCAUGGCCUCCUGGCCAAGCAUCUGCGCUUUCAUAUUGUUGGAGCAGUCAUUGUAUCCCUGGGGGCUGCAGCUUUGUAUAAGUUUGGUGUGGCUGAACCAAGAAAGAAGGCAUAUGCAGAUUUCUACAGAAAUUAUGAUUCUAUGAAAGAUUUUGAAGAGAUGAGGAAGGCUGGCAUUUUUCAGAGUGCAAAGUGAUUUUGGAACAUAAAAGAAUUACAUAGAAGU